ACAAAAAGAAAUAAGACAUCCAGCAUUCUAAUUUUCUUUCUGUCUUUUCCAUAUUAAGAGAAAACGCAAAAUUUAUAUAAUAACUUUGCUUCUCCUAGCAAUCAAUUCAUCUCUUCCAAUAGCUUCUGUACUACCCAAUAGAGAAGCCUGAAUCCCAAAUCUAAACUGAUAUAGCUCAGAAAAAUGUCUAAACAAUGCCUUCUUCAAUGAUGAUAAAAUCAAUCAAUUCAAUAUUUGUUAGAUAAGUAGAGUUCAAACUAUCAAAAAAAAAAAAAAAAAAAAAAAAAAAAAAAAAAAAAAGAACAGGGAUGGAAAAUUAAGCUUUGCAAAUUAAGUGUUAGUUAAUAGAAAGUGGCCCGCUUAGAAUUCACCAACUGUAUAAAUCUUAAGAGGAAGCAAGAGUUAUUGAGAGAGUUCAAUAUGAGAAACUUUUUUACUGCUUAAACAGAAGGCAGAAAAAAUGGAACAGCCUGGACCUAUUGAAAACAAGAGUCAUUGUAGGUUGGAGUAAUUAUUGAUGCUUUUAUAAUCUUUUAUGAGUCAAAAUUUGUGCCCAUGUCUCUGAGUGAUUAAAAGAGAGAGAGACAGACAGACUAACUGAAAAGGAUAGGAAAGACACUGCUGUUAACCAAAACAAGAUAAUACGUAUUAAUAUGCUCACAAAUUCUUAUAAAGAGGCACUAAAAGCACAACUCUUCCCUACAACACAAUAUAUCAGUAAAGCACGACUUAAUCAUCUUAAACUCUAUUUUUCUCUCUGUCUCUCUCAUGGAGUUUCUCACAGCAUUGUAUCUAUUUCCUUUCUUCUACAUAGCUUACCUUCUCUGCAAGCAGGCUAUUAGAAAGAGGGAUCAAUGCUGUUACAUGCUUCAUUAUGAGUGCUUCAAACCUCCUGAAGAUAGGAAGCUAAACACUGAAACUUGUGCCAGCAUCGUAUUCCGUAACAAAAGUCUCCGCAUAGAGGAGUUCAAGUACCUCCUGAAAACCAUUGUGAGCUCUGGCAUAGGAGAGUCAACUUACUGCCCCAAAAAUGUCCUUGAAGGCAGAGAAGCAUGCCCUACUCUUUCUGAUGCAAUUGAAGAGAUGGAAGAAAUCAUCUUUACAACACUCGAUAAGCUAUUCGAUAAGUCAGGGAUAUCCCCAUCGGAGAUUGAUAUCCUCGUCGUCAAUGUCUCCUUGCUUGCUACACUCCCCUCUCUCACAUCGCAGGUUGUGAAUCGUUAUAAGAUGCGAGACAACAUUAAGACGUACAAUGUCACGGGGAUGGGCUGCAGUGCAAGCAUCAUUGCCAUUGAUAUUGUCCAGCAACAAUUCAAAGUACACAAGAAUGUGAACGCUAUUAUAGUUAGCUCUGAAUCCAUGGGGAAUCACUGGUACAUGGGCAGAGACCGAUCCUUCAUGCUCUCCAACUGUCUAUUUCGCACAGGAGGUUGUUCAAUGCUCCUCUCAAACAACAGAAAUCUAAAGCAUAGGGCUAUUAUAAAACUCAACUACUUAUUGAGAACCCAUCUCGGAUCUGAUGAUGAGGCAUACAAGUGUUGCUAUCAGAAAGAAGACGAUGACGGGUAUCCUGGAUUUUGUCUCACCAAGCACCUGCCAAAGGCAGCUGCUAAAGCCUUUACGGAGAAUCUCAAGGUGCUUGUGCCUAGGAUCUUACCCCUUAAGGAGCUUCUCCGGUAUCUGAUUAUAUCUAGUAGCUGGACAAAGGGUGACCUUGAAAAAGUUGGAAAAGGGUUAAAUUUUAAGGCUGGUAUCCAACACUUCUGCAUUCAUCCAGGUGGCAGAGCAGUUAUUGAUGGUACUGGAAAAGGGUUGCAGCUCAGUGAUUAUGAUUUGGAACCUGCUAGGAUGGCUCUUCACAGAUGGGGAAAUACCUCAGCUGCUGGUUUCUGGUAUGUUUUGGGUUACAUGGAGGCUAAGAAGAGACUCAAGAAAGGGGAUAAGAUUCUCAUGAUAAGCUUUGGGGCAGGUUUCAAAUGCAACAAUUGUUUAUGGGAGGUGAUGAGGGAUUUGAAGGACAGGAAUGUCUGGGAUGACUGCAUAGAUGAUUACCCUGUGAAAAACAUUGUAAAUCCUUUCAUGGAAAGGUACAGCUGGAUCAACGAUGAAACACUUAGCUUCGUUAGACUCCAUUAGAAAGCCAAGAACCCCAACAUUGUUAGAGUUUCUGUUUUCCCUGUACGUUGCUCUGAAUCUUUGAUUUAUAAUUUUCAUAUUGUGCUAUUUUUUACUUUAAAGUUUAGGUUCCCCAGCAUAACUGCUGGUUUAUAGGAACAUAAUAUUCUGGUUAUAGGUCCCAUGUAAUUCUUACACCAAUCUGAUUGAUUUAAAAUCACAGCCUCCCCCCUUCCCCUGAAAAAAAUAGAAAUUAAUAAUAGUAAUUUUCUUGGUAUUAUAA